AUGCACCAGCAGCAUGCUCAGUUCCAAACAAUGGUACUGUUGGAGCUACCGUUAGAUAUUUUCAAUACCCUAUACAUGAUACUUGGAGUUAUAGAGAAUCAUGGUUUUUGGAAGGUGGCUGCCACCACUACCGAAACAACAACAACAAUGCUCAAUUCUUAUAAUGAAGAAGUGGUAGUCAUUUACCAUGAGGAUAUUCCAGCUCCAACGACUAUUACUUCAUUCAUUCCAGGUCUAGUAGCUUCUGCUUCUGCUCAAUCCACCUCCACAUCAUACACUACUAAUUCAGAUGGUAGCAGCAGUCCAGUUGACAUUGUUGUUGUAGCUACUCCAGUACACAGCACUAUCACAGCAUACAGUGCUGGAAUGGUUGGAUCAGCCUCUGCUCUUUCCACAUAUAUUUCCUAUACUACCGACUCCAAUGGCAGCAGUAGUGCAGUUGGGGUUGUUGUUGUUGAAACUCCAAAACCAAGUGCUAUUACUUCAUUCAUUCCAGGUCUAGUAGCUUCUGCUUCUGCUCAAUCCACCUCCACAUCAUACACCACUGACUCCAAUGGUAGCAGCAGUCCAGUUGACAUUGUUGUUGUAGCUACUCCAGUACACAGCACUAUCACAGCAUACAGUGCUGGAAUGGUUGGAUCAGCCUCUGCUCUUUCUUCAUACAUCUCAUAUAUUACCGACUCCAAUGGCAGCAGUAGUGCAGUUGGGGUUGUUGUUGUUGAAACUCCAAAACCAAGUGCUAUUACUUCAUUUAUUCCAGGUCUAGUAGCUUCUGCUUCUGCUCAAUCCACCUCCACAUCAUACACCACUGACUCCAAUGGUAGCAGCAGUCCAGUUGACAUUGUUGUUGUAGCUACUCCAACAAUCGCACGUACAAGCCUAGGAUAUUACUAUUGGAAUUUAUCAGUAGUUUCUACGAAAUUCUCUGGAGCAUAUACUGGGAUUUCAAAAUUUUCGAAGGAGAACAUUGCAAGGACAAGAAAUGUAGAAGCAUCUAAUGCUAAUAUUUGGAACACUAUGAAAAUUGAAUCAUCUUUCUCUUCUGCACUUUCUGACAGGUCAAGGUCUUUUAACGAGAACACUGCAACUACAAGAAAUAUAGAAACUUCUGAUGUUAACAGUUGGGGUACUAUGAAGAGUGAAUCAUCGUCCAAAAGAAACGGUUUUGAAGGUCAAACAAGUUCUUCAACUGAGGCAAUCAUAAAUACUCCAAAGAUUACUGUAACUCAAGAGCCAUUACAGGUAUAUUCCCAGACUGCAAAACCAAGCGAUAGAUCCAGUACAAUAACAUUAUCACAUUAUGAAACUCCAGGUUCAUCUACUUCAAUUAUUAUGAAUAGUCAACAAAUUACUGUUGCACAAGAGCCACUACACGCAUCUUCCCAAACCACAGAGUCGAGUGGCAGAUCGAGCACAGUAACAUUAUUGCAAUACGAAGCUUCUGCUCCUAAUAUCGUGGUUAAAUGGUCAAGUUUUGCUUUGGCACUUUUCUCUGUGCUUCCAUUCAUAUUUUGA